UUAGUUUACGGUCGCACUGCUUUGUAGUGUUUUUAUUUUGUUUUCGUUUAAAUUCAAGAAAAAAAAAAAUUAUUAAAAGGGAAAACAAAUGCAACCAUUCAUUGUAAUACGGAACUAUCGGGAAGAUGAUGAGCUCAAGUGCCAGGAGCUGGUGCGAGAUUACAUCAUGUCAUUCUCCUUAAAGUCUUUCUUUACGCUCUGCUUUCGUGAGAUUACACUGCAGUUUAUAGUCAUCACUUGGGCCGUGUUUUUCAUAUUCCUGGGUGUGCCGCUGCUCUUCUGUGUGCUAACCAUACCCGGCUGUGUGUUUUUUCUCUUCACCAGCACCUACUUUUCCUUUUAUGCCAAGGCAGUGGAGCUAAUGAGGGUGAAGCCCUCACAAUCACUGGUGGCUGAGUGUUACGAACCAUUCAUCUUUCGUUGUGCACCAAACGAGGCUAGCUAUCAGAUUUUUAUGGAUAGGCCACCAUAUGUUGAAAACUAUUUGAACAAGUUUCGUCGGCGAAUUGUAGCCACUGUAAGCGUUAAGAAUCAUCAUGCUAUCUACAAUGCCGCCUGGAUAUACCGUUUUGCGAUUGCUAAACACUAUCCGCAUCAAAAAAUCAUGGAGCCCAUGAUUAAUCUGGUCUCGAAGAACUGCAUUAACGGCGGUUACGCUUCGCUGGAAUGCACCAUAUCCGAAUGGCAAGAAAGCGAACGAGACUUCUACGACGAUCUUGGUUUUGUAACACGGCAAAUAUAUCACAAGCAAAUCAUUGGCAGCACACUGACAGUGAUGAAGACCCAGUUAACAUAUAAUUUAAAGACAGACGGCGCUCUGCAAAAGCAGAAUUAGUGGGAUAUAUAAGGAAUAACAUCCAUAUAAAAAUAUAUUAAUAAUAUAAAAUCUCUCGGGAAAACAACACUGUGACACUUAGCACAAUUAUUUAUGUUUAUUUUUAUAUUGUAUAAACAUUCCACUCACGCGAAUUUAUUUAUUUUGUAUGUAUAAGAAGAAAACACGUUGCUUUCGUUUUGUCCUGCUUUUUAAUUUUUCACAUAUUCUAUUUAAAUAAAUAAAAUAUAUAUUAAUAAAUAAAUGUUGCAAGUGUGUUUAGCUGCUUUGCACAUCGCAUCUAAUUCAGAAUCAA